GGAUUCCCCCAGCCCAGCGCCCGGGGAAGUCCCGGUGCGCGCGGGUACAAAGAGAGCGGCGCCGCGGAGCGCGCCACAGGCCGGCCGUCCCCAACCAUGUCGCGCGGCCUCCGGCUCCUGCUCCUGAGCUGCGCCUGCAGCCUGGCGCCCGCGGCGCGGGUGGUGAAGGUGGCUUGUUCCGAGGACGUGGACUUGCCGUGCACCGCCCACUGGGACCCGCAGGUCACCUACACGGUCUUCUGGACGAAGCUUACAGACGACGGCGAGGAAAGGAUAGAGAUGCCCCUGGAGGGUCUGUGGUACCACCAGCAGAAGGUUGGCUCCUUAGAAGCCUCCGGUGAAAGGCUGUACUCCCUGAAGAUUGAAAACACUACCAGUGUCGACUCAGGGACAUACAGGUGCAUCCUGGAGGAGCCAGAAGGGCGGAGAAACCAAAGCGGCACUGUGACCUUGAAAGUGACAGGAUGCCCCAAGGAACGCAAAGAAGACACUUUUCAGAAAUACAGAGCCGAGAUUGUACUGCUGUUGGCUCUGGUCGUUUUCUACUUAACACUCAUUAUUUUCACUUGUAAGUUUGCACAACAACAGAGUAUUUUUCCAGAUUUUUCUAAACCGGGCACGCAGCGAGCUUUCCUCCCAGUCGUCUCCCCAAAUAAGCAUUUGGAGACAGCGACUCUUCACAAGACGGAACUGGUAUGAGCAGGAUUUCUGCAGGUCGUUUUCUCUACAGUCGAAGAAAGCUCAGCGGUGUGCCCGGAUGUCACGCUGGACAAAAGCGGAGUAAGCCCCACACCGAAGAGGGCGUCCUUCCCGGGAGGUCCUUCCAGAAACUGCAGGUCACAGCCCGCUCUUUGUGAGCAGGACUUUGGGAACCGGCACAGGACCACGAAGCAUGGGGCCGCCUGCAGGGAAGCUCUCUGCUUCUUCACAGCUAACUUCUUAGCAUUUUAUUCAGCUAUCUGGUCAACCCCCCAGAGCUCUUUUCAGUCCCACACGAGCUAUGGCGAGACGCAGCUGGAAGAGGGUCUUGGGAAAUACGGACGCCCAGAGCCGGCCCUGUGACAGACUCUUGAGGACCGUGGUCUUCUUCACAUCUGGGAAACAUCUCUCUUUGAGUUUGCCGCGUUGUCUUGUGCUAGCCCAGAUGUUUUAUGUCUGGGAGAAGUUGACGGGCCAAACUGUGAGACAGCGGGGGAUAUUUAGCGAAUCGUGUCCCGGUGUGAAGGCCCUGCUAUUACUAAGGAGUAUUGUGUGUACCUAGAAGUAACAAGUUGAUGAGCUGUUCCCCACUGGAGCCUUUUCAUACGGAAAGACCCACAUAAAGAAGCAAUAAAGAAGACGCCACAUUUGUUUUGGUAUCCGUAGAUUCCUGCCAAAGAAGCACUGGUUUUUUUUCUCUCCUUUUGAAAUCUGUGUCUACGGUUAGAUAUCAAGGCUCACAGCACAAGUAACCUCAGUAUGGAGAGAACGAAGUCAGAGAGGAUGACCCCAGGAUCGUGAGCUAUUUGAUGCCCUGACGAAAAUGCCGGACAAAUCAUGCCGUCUGGGUUCCGACCCCAGGUGUCCCACUGCCAAGCUGUAUGAUCUUGAGCAGGGUCUUUGUGAUUUCUCUUUUCUCAGUCGUAAACCAGAAGGUGGUUGUAUGAAUUGAUUGUGACAGUGUAUGUGAAAAUGCUUUGAAAAAGCAUAAAGCACCCUAAAAAUUUGAAGCUCCAUUGGGUCACUAUCCUUAUUCUUACAGAGGUGUUCUGGGCAUGAGAGAAUGCUUUUCAUUCAUUCUCAUGUCUACCAUUAUUCCAAACAAAGAAGGCCAGACAUAAGACCUUUCCGUAGUCUUCUAGGAGUUCUUUUGGGGGAGUGAGGAGACCAGGUCAGCGAAGCACCAAGCCAAAAGUACUCCAAGAUAUGGACACACAGGAAUCACGGGGCCCUGGGGAGAAGAGAGUCCACAGGAUGUUCCAUUGACAUUUUGACAGUUGGUGGGUAACUCUUCUCACACUGGGCCCGUUCCCUACUUGUUUUCUAAAGCGAUUUUAUCCCGUUGGUAGUGUGUGCAUGGUCCACACUGAUACUAGAGAGGGAAAGAAAGGGCAAGAUGCUUCAGUGUUCUUGCUUUUUUGUCAUAGCCUUCAUGCCAUUAAGGGGCUGGAUGCGAGUAGCGGUGUUUUUCUUUUUUAUAUUUAAAACUACUCAUAGAACUUUGGGAUAAGCGCUAGGAUGUCUGUAAAGUAAUUUGAGAACCAGAACCCAAGGUGAAGUUCUAGAGGUGUAACAUUGGCUGAGUCCUUCCUCUGAGAGGGAGAGGAUUUAUGGCAGGUAGACCUCUAUGAAACAGCGCCCCCUUCUGCCCAAGGAUGCCCCUGCAUCUUGCCACUGGGUAGUGCAUGAUUAGCUUGGCCACAUGUAUGACUGCCGGUCACGGGGGUGGAGAAGGGGGUGGAAAGAGGGAGGGUUGUGAUUUCAGAAGGAUGUGUACAAUCAGGGUCCCUGUACCUGGGAUUCGUGGGGUUUCACUCAAGAUUCUCAAAUAGGUCCAUUAGCCUCAAAAUGAUAAGAACAAUCCAGGACAAGUGGUUAUAAUAGUUAUAAAAGUAUUAUAGAUCCUUUUUUUCAUCAUAGAUGAAUCCUCUUUGGAAAAUGGCUCUUUAUGAAGAUGAAUGCUUAUAAAAUUUCUGUAAAAGCUGUAGAUUCCCCUUCAGUGGAAUUAAGUCCGUUCUCAAAUGCUUUACCAGAAGUGCUGGGGAGACCAUUGGCAUGGCCAUUAAGAGCUCAGAGUUCAUACUCAGCCAGGUUUGAAGCCUAGAUUCAUCACUCAAGUUUUUGCCACUCUGGGCAGGAGACAGACCUCUCUAAGCCUCAGUUGGCAGAUGUUUAGAAUAAGAAUAAGGACAGUAUCUGCCUAAUAGGUUUGUUGUGAAGAUUAAAUGAGAUAAUGUAUCUAAAGGCUGAGCCUGAUAUCUGGCAAAUAGUAAGCCGUUGAAUAAUCUUGGAACAAGAAAGAGCAAAGAGGCAACACAGAAGGUGCCAGUGACCGUGAAUCUUGAACAGACAAAGUGGUUUUGUUAACAGGAAGGAAUUGAAUGGGUGGGGGAGUUAUGUUGCUUUCAAAGGAUUAAUACCCAAUGAAACCAAAUUUUUCAUGGCCAUUAAGGUUAUAGUUCAGGAAAGACCAGGGAGGGGGCCGCCUUUCAUUAGCUUGAACUGACAAGUUAAAAACAUAAUGCAGAUUUGAAAUCCAACUUGACAUUUCGCACCUAGUCUUUGGCAUGAGAAAAGGGGUGUGUAUGUGUGUGUGUGUGUGUGUGUGUG